AUGGAGUACCCACCACAGUACCAACAGCCUCAUGGCCAACAUCCGCAUGCUCCGUCCCACAUAACUGGGCCUUACCAAACGGCUCCACCAAACCCUGGUUCCUCCGUUGGGUCCAUGGCAUCCCCCACCAAUGCCCAGGCACCAAUGCAACCGACACAUCCCGCCCACCAGACCUCUCCUAUCGUUCCGUCGCAACAACAUUAUCAACAGGCACAAAAUGCGCCGGGCGCCGUGCACCAACAAAUGAACUUUCCUCAGGGUUAUGGCGUGCCUGCAGGCAUGCCUCAGACAUACGGCAUUUCCCCUACUCAAGCCGCCGCGAUGGCCACUGCUGCUGCAUCUGGCCAGUUUUACCCCCUACAGCAUGAUGUGACUGGACAAAUGGCGCAAGGACCGCGAGGAUCCCCACGUAUGUCUGGAGUACAGAUGAAGCAGGAUCGGAAUCCACGAUCCCCACCUCAGAUGACGAGUCAAAUGCCUCCAAUGGGUGGUCAGGUUCAGAUGCCUCCAAACUCCCAGUUGCCACCCCGGCGGAUGAGCCACGUGGGAAGUCCUGGUGUGCAACAAGCCCAACCCGUCAUGAGCCAUGUUGGCCGGCCCUCCAUAGCCCCUCCAAUGGGUGGCCCCCAAGCGGCCGUGCAACCGCACCAACCGUCCCCUGAGAUGGUGGCCAGUAACAACCAAGAAGAGUCCCCCCUGUAUGUGAAUGCCAAGCAGUUUCACCGCAUUUUGAAGCGUCGAGUUGCUCGACAGAAGUUGGAGGAACAGCUGCGUUUGACUUCCAAAGGCCGCAAACCCUACCUCCAUGAAUCGCGACACAAUCAUGCUAUGCGCCGACCACGUGGUCCUGGUGGUCGAUUCCUGACAGCGGACGAAGUCGCUGCCAUGGACAAGAAGGUCGCAGAAGGUGAUCCGGAUCCGCUGGCUGAACUCAUGGGAAGGGAAAAUGGCCUUGCUACCAAGCGCAAAUCAAGUGAGGUCAACGAGGAUAAUGUGAAUUCGAAGAAAACCAAGGUCAUUGCCAGUGCCGACGCAAGUGAACAAGACUCCGCUGACGCAUCUGAUGAUGAUGGUUAA